CACAGUUCUCACAGAGGAAUCCAUUCUAAAACAUCGUUUCCCUGAUGGUACUGUGAUCACACAUGAGUGCAGACUUGGAUAUGAGAAAGGAAAGACUGUGGUCCCCCUGUACCACAACCACACAUGAUAUUUAACCUCAGUUACACGGUCAUGGGAUGGGGCUACAGAAUUUGCUUAGGCACACGGUGGGUUGGACAUGGAAAUUGUUCCAUUGUUAAUUGUUCCAAACCCACCGAAGUGGAAAAUGGUGAACAUACAUGGAGAACGCGCAAGACACCACAUUAUAAUCAAACGAUACAUUUCUCGUGUCACAAAGGAUACACCCUGAUUGGGAAUAAAACCAUUAGGUGUACUCAUACUGGCAGAUAUGAUUCUAAGCAACCACAAUGCAUCGCUUUUUGCCCCAUACCUGACGUUGGAGUGAACAUGAUUCUCACAAAAGAAUCCCUUCUAAAAGAGGAUUUCCCAUCAGGUACCGAGCUCAGAUAUGAGUGCAUAAUUGGAUAUAAGAAUGUAAAUGGAACUGGGAUCAUGACGUGCGAUGAUGGGAACUGGACCAAGCCAGAUAUCAUCUGCCGCAAGAAAGACUGUGGUCACCUUGAAGCACAGCCACAUAUGUUAUAUGACACCAGCCAGGGGACUCUAUUUGGUGCAGCGGUUUAUGUAUCUUGUGUAAAAGGUUUCUGGCUCAAUGGAUCACGCGUCAAACAUUGCGUUGACACAGGAUGGUUUGGAACUGCAAAUUGUGAAGUUGUUACUUGUCCCAAACCGACCAGAGUGGAAAAUGGCAGACAUUCUUGGAUAAGUGGCCAUAAUCCACAAUAUCGAGAAACUAUACAUUACACAUGUAACACAGGAUACAACGUGGUUGGGAAUAAAACCAUUACAUGUACUGAAACUGGUGGAUAUGAUUCUGAGCCACCACGAUGUGUCCUUGUCACUUGUCCCAAACCGACCACAGUGGAAAAUGGCAGACAUUCUUGGAAUAAUGAUCUUGAACCAGAAUAUCGACAAAUUAUACGUUUCACAUGUAACACAGGAUACAACUUGGUUGGGAAUAAAACCAUUACAUGUACUGAAACUGGUGGAUAUGAUUCUCAGCCACCACGAUGUGUCAUUGUUACUUGUCCCAAACCGACCAACGUGGAAAAUGGCAGACAUUCUUGGAAUAAUGUCCAUAAACCAGAAUAUCGACAAACCAUACAUUUCACAUGUAACACAGGAUACACCUUGUUUGGGAAUAAAACCAUUAGGUGUACUGAAACUGGUGAAUAUAAUUCUCAGCCACCACGAUGUGUCCCUGACUGUCCCAAACCUCAACAUGUACAGAACACAGUUCUCUCUGCUGAGUCCCUCCUAAAAAAGAUUUUUCCAAGUGGUACUGUGAUCAAAUAUCAGUGCAUAAUUGGAUCUGAUAAAAUAAGUGGCACUGGGAUCAUUAGAUGUGUCAAUGGGAAGUGGACCAAACCAGAUAUCAUCUGCAAGCUUGUUACUUGUCCCAAACCAACCAGAGUGGAAAAUGGCAGACAUUCUUGGAAUAAUGAUCUUGAACCAGAAUAUCGACAAACUAUACGUUUCACAUGUAACACAGGAUACACCUUGGUUGGGAAUGAAACCAUUAGGUGUACUGAAACUGGUGGAUAUGAUUCUCAGCCACCACGAUGUGUCAGUGACUGUCCCAAACCUCAACAUGUACAGAACACUGUUCUCUCUGCUGAGUCCCUCCGAAAAAGCAUUUUUCCAAUUGGUACUGUGAUCAAAUAUCAGUGCAUAGAUGGGAGUGAUCAAAUAAGUGGCACUGGAAUCAUUAGAUGUGUCAAUGGGAAGUGGACCAAGUCAGAUAUCAUCUGCAAGCGGUCAGACUGUGGUGUCCCAGAAGCAAAACCGCACAUGUCAUUUGAUACCAGCCACGGUACUAUAAUUGGUGCAAUGGCUACAGUAAUCUGUGAAGAAGGCUACCGGGUCAGUGGAGCAAGCUCCAAAAUAUGCGCGGACGAAGGAUGGUUUGGAAUCGCAGACUGUAUCCCUCUUACUUGUUCCAAACCGAUCAAAGUGGAAAAUGGCGAACAUUCUUGGAAUAGUGACCGUGAACCAGAAUAUCUGCAAAGUAUACAUUUCACAUGUGACGCAGGAUACACCUUGUUUGGGAAUGAAACCAUUAUGUGUACUGAAAGUGCUGAAUAUGAUUCUGAGCAACCACGAUGUGUCCGUAAUUGCCCCAUACCUGAAAGUGUGGAGAACAUGGUUCUCACGAAUGAAUCCCUCCUAAGAGAGGAUUUCCCAGAUGGUACCAAAGUUACAUAUGAGUGUGCCAAUGGAUUUGAAAAAGAAAGUGGCUCUGAGAUCAUAACCUGCAUUGAUGGGACUUGGACUGAACCAGAUCUAAUCUGCAAGAUCACUACUUCCUCUUCUGAGAGGGGAGAUGUUCUACCAGCUCUCCAUCUAACGGGUGAAUUGAGUUUCCCAAAUCUGCUGGGAUUUACCCUAUCCAGAACUGAAACUGAGCAGCCUACAGCCAACUAGUUUCACAGAGGACAUCUGUUAACGGUCGCUCCUUCUCUUUUUUUAUAACUUGCACUUGUUACUGAAUCAGGUUGGUUUUAGUGACUCAGGCGAGUCCCAAGGAUGUUGUUUUAAAUUUGGGCUAAAGCAACCUAUAAAACAUUACCCACUUUUCUUCCCCA